AUGCUGCUACUCAUAGCGGUGGGUAUCUUGACGAUCGCCAUGUCAUGUCACGGAGGCGGUGUGGGCAGUGUUGUCGCGCCAACGCUUGUCACUUCCAUGGACUCCAAAUCGGAGGCAAAAGAUCAGUUGAAAAAGACCACCGCCUCAUUUAAUCCACUGUGGUAUGGAGCACUACAAAGGGAAUUUGUGGCACAGAAGAAGAUCGCCUCCGAGCAGGAGUUUGAAUUGGUGAAUUACCUCUUCCACAAACAAGGCUACAAUCCGUUAAUUCGCCCGGUUGCAAAUAUCUCAGAGGCGCUACGAGUCAAUCUCGGCCUCUGUAUGAUUAAGCUCAUACACAUUGAUGAACGCCGACAAGUCAUGAAAAGCAACGUCUGGUUACCGAUGGUGUGGCGGGAUUAUCAACUGACGUGGGAUCCUGCAAAGUAUGGCGGUCUGAAGGUGAUUCGUGUGCCCCACAAUAAAGUCUGGAAACCGGACAUAGUACUUUUUAAUAAUGCAGACGGCAACUACGAGGUAGUCUGGCAACCCAAUCUGCUUGUGCACUAUGACGGCUCAAUAUUGUGGAUGCCUCCAGCGGUCUACGAAAGCUCCUGUGCAAUAGAUGUGGAGUAUUUCCCCUUCGACGAACAGGAGUGCGAGAUGAAAUUCGGCAGCUGGGCAUUUGAUGCUUCAAGAAUUUCCCUUGGUUUCUAUUCCUCACUGGAUUUUGUCGAUCUCUCCGACUACUGGCGAAGUGGCACCUGGGAUCUGGUGGAUGUUCCCGCUCGGAUAGUGAAUACCUACAGUGGAGGUGUGAAUAACACCUACAUCGUCUACACCAUUAAAUUGCGUCGCAAGACCCUCUUCUAUACAGUAAACUUGAUUGUGCCCUGUGUGAUGCUAUCACUGCUGAGCAUCUUCGUCUUCUACUUACCCUCGGAUGCGGGCGAGAAAGUAACACUAGCCAUUAGUAUUGUCGUCGCCUUAGUAGUUUUCCUCAUCCUCGUCAGUAAGAUUCUUCCACCCACUUCAACAACUGUGCCUCUGAUCUCACGAUAUCUCAUGUUCACCUUCGUCUCUGACGUCUUUGCCGUAUUUGUCGCAGUUCUGGUGGUGAAUUGGAACUACCGAUCACCCAGAACACACACCAUGCCACGUUGGAUUAAGGUACUCUUUCUUCAAGCCCUUCCACACCUCCUUUUUCUUAAUCGCCUUCAGUAUCCAGAACCUGAGAAUGAGGAGUUGGAGAAGAAGAAGGGUGGACCACCAGCGUUAUACUUUGCAGUUAAUCAGUUUCCCUUGAAGAAUGAGGAUGCCUUUAUUCAGGACUUCCCGGAAGGCGCCUCACUUGAUAUUGCCUCCUACUUAACAACCGACUCUAUGGAGGAAAGUGUGUCAAGCUCCUCCAUCACGGCAGAGAGUUGCGGAAAUUUCUACGAAAAUCUACAAACUCAGUGUUUAUCCGCCUCUGAAAGCCAAAUGUCUGACUUGUCCCUGGAAAGUGAAACACCGUCGAGCGGGAAGGAAGUGAUCCUAUUAAAAGGACAGGUUGAAAUUCUGAAACUGCGGCAAUCUCCUCAUCGUAUUGGGGCGAGUAGAUGGAAACAGUCGGGCAGAUCGGUUAUGCCCAUGGCCAGAACGAGGAAACAAGAGGGCAUUGGCCUCCUUGAAGGUCUCAAAGCAAUGGAAUACAUCUCAGAACGAUUGGAAGAGAAGCGUCAAGAUCAAAUUGUAGUUCAAGAAUGGAAGUACGCAGCUUCAGUGAUAGAUCGUCUUGUGUUGGUCAUUUUCACCAUCACCUCCAUUGUGGUGGCCCUGAGUCUGCUAACCAAUGCGCCGUCUCUCCUUUCACCCAUUGACCAGGACACCGUCAUUAAUAAGUAUUCCGUGUUAAAGAGGACCUAG